AUGCUGCGGGAGGCAGCCAAUGCGCGGCGCGACCGCCUGGCCGGGUGGCCGAUUGGUUGCUCGACGGGCGGCCCGGGGCGGCGGGGAAUCCCGGCCGCCGCCGCGUUAUACCCGAGGGCGCGCCCCGCGGGCGGCACAAGGCGGCGCGGCGGGCGGCGGGCGCGGACGGCUCGGCUCGGCACAGCGCGACACAGCACAGCACGCCUUGAUUUGCCUUGCUUUGCCUUGGCUCGGCUCGCUUUGGCUUGUCCCGGCUCCGGAUUGCACAGCCCCGCACGGCGAGCCACCAUGCCCGUCUCCAGAAUGCGCAUGAGGCCCUGGCUGGAAAUGCAGAUUAACUCCAAUCAGAUCCCGGGACUGAUAUGGAUUAACAAGGAUAAGAUGAUGUUUCAAAUCCCCUGGAAACAUGCAGCUAAGCAUGGCUGGGACAUGGAGAAAGAUGCCUGCCUUUUCCGGAGCUGGGCCAUUCAUACAGGAAGAUACAAAGUUGGUGAGAAAGACCCUGACCCGAAAACCUGGAAGGCAAACUUCCGCUGCGCUAUGAACUCCCUGCCUGACAUCGAAGAAGUGAAGGAUAAAAGCAUCAACAAAGGCUCCAGCGCUGUUAGAGUUUACAGGAUGCUGCCCCCCUUGACAAAGGAUCAGAAGAAAGAAAGGAAGUCAAAGUCUUCAAGAGAAGCAAGAAGCAGGAGCAAGAGAAAGCCGUAUGAAGACAUGAGGACGGAGGAGUCAGCAGAAAGACUAACCAACACUCCUUCGACAGAUGACCACAGUGGCUACACCGUUCAUGACUACACGGGGCAGGAUGUGGAGGUGGAGAGCCCGUCCAUCACCUUAGAUCUCUCCUCCUGCGAGGUGAGCGGCUCCCUCGCCGACUGGAGGACGCCGAUGGAAAUCGCCAUGGCUGACAGCACCAACGACAUCUACCAGCUCCAGGUGUCCCCCCCGGGUUCGUCCUCAGAAGUCACAGAUGAAGAUGAAGAUGAAAUGAAAGCGAAUAUUUUUAAGCUGCUUGAACCGGGGCAGGACUGGCACACGACCAGCGUCGGGGGGAAAGGCUUCCUCACCAACGAGCCGGGCACGCAGACCAUGUGCAGCACAUACAGCUACAAGGACCAGGACGGCGAGAUCGACACGUCUUCAGGGGAGAUGGAUUUCCACGCGUUUGACCAGAAGAGCAGCCUGGAAUUCUCUUGGCUGGACUCAGUGAGACCCCUGCAAACCAUCUCCUGUGGCUUGUAAACCCCCGGCUCCCGCAGGCUGUGGACUGCUUUCGUGUAGAGACUCCAACCCUGAAGAGAAUGGUAGAAGUCCUUUGUUACUGACUGGAAGAAGACAGUAGCUGUUAUAUUCCGUUUUAACUCGUAGGCCUGAAAAAGUUAGCAAGAAAAACUCCAUCACAAGCAGAGGAAUCCCAUCCCGGUGGCGGGACCGCUGUGCCCGAGGCAAACAGCUCCCGGGGACCGGGGGCCACCGCCGUCCCCCCGCGCCGGCGGCGAGCACUUUACCCACGGAGUGCUUAGGAGAGACAGUGCGGAGGAGUCUGGUUUGGUUGCUGCUCACUUGUGCAACACUGGUGACAUUAUCAGCUUAAUGACUGUCAUUACACGUAGAAAAAAAUUGCACUAAUUGGCCUUCUCUUCCUUGAUUUACUCCAGCAUGUAGUUUUGUCUUCAGAUCUUUCAACUCGUGUACAUAACUUAGACCAAUAAAAUGUGAAAAUUCA